CUCCAAGCAAUGGAUGCAUCCAUCGGUUCUGAUAUAAGUUGUCCCUUGUUCGUUGAGAAGGGACGGUGCCCGUAUGGAUACAAAUGCCGUUUUCUGGGAGGACACGUCGAAAAAGCGAUGGAUAGGGAGGGUUUACUGCCUUUCGCUGAAGCUGGCUCUCUCGUCACAAGCGCGAGAGCCAGCAUUGAAGAAAUCAAUACCGUGGGCGCAUCUCUCUUUAAGUCGUUACGAUCGCGACAGUUCUCCACGCCCAAAGCGGAUGGUUAUUUUAAACAGCCAGAAGAAACCGCCACCCCUGCCAUCGACGCCUCCGAUAAGCAGCUGAACGAUGCGUCCGAGGCGGCAAGUGCCCAAUCAUUCAAGCAGAAUCUGCUCACAACUACCGCCGAAUCAAGUGAUACACCGGAUGUACCUUUCAAACCAAGGGAGAAAACAAGACUCAACUGGACGGGGUUAACUUACCUAGCGCCUUUAACCACUGUUGGGAAUUUGCCCUUCAGACGCCUAGCAGUCUCACUGGGAGCGGACAUUACAUGUUCUGAGAUGGUACUAUCGGGUUCUUUGCUUCAAGGCUCCCGGGAAGAAUGGUCGUUGGUUCGUCGCCAUCCCAGCGAGAGGGUGUUCGGUGUUCAGGUUGCGGGAAGCAAAGCGGUGCCCUUGGCAAGAUGUGCUGAGGUGCUAGCCGAAGAGCUAGGAAGUGGUGAAAAUCCCGGCAUCGAUUUUAUAGAUGUCAACUGUGGAUGUCCCAUCGACUUAGUCUUCCAAACUGGAGCGGGUGCGGCACUUCUUGAUGCGCCCGGAAAACUGGGGAAAAUAAUUAGGGCGAUGAAUCAUUCCAUUGGGGCUAUCCCGCUUACUAUCAAAGCUCGCACUGGGGUCAAAGAUGGGAAAAAUACAACUCACAAACUAAUGUCACGCGUCGGCGGGUGGGGGGUCAGUGCUAUGACUAUACAUGGCCGGACGCGGCAGCAACGGUAUACUAAGAUGGCAGACUGGAAUUAUAUCAGAGAGUGCGUGGAAGCGCUCCGCGAACAUACAAAGGACAAUGAUUUUUCCCCGAUCCCCAUUUUUGGCGGCGGAGAUGUUUUCUCCUCACAGGCAUACUGGGAUUGUCUGGAGAAAUAUGGAAUAGAUGGGGUGAUGAUUGGCCGAGGGGCGUUAAUCAAGCCCUGGCUGUUCACCGAGAUAAAGGAGCGCCGAGAAUGGGACAUCAGUGCUAGGGAGCGUCUUGAUUUGAUCCGGCAGUAUGUCGAUCAUGGUCUUAAUCAUUGGGGAUCGGACACAAUGGGUGUAAAUACAACUCGUCGAUUUCUUUGUGAAGCCUUAUCCUUCCAGCAUCGCUAUAUUCCUGUGGGCCUACUGGAAGUAAUGCCCGGUCGAAUCAAUGACCGGCCCCCUAGGUUUCGAGGCAGAAACGAACUAGAGACGUUACUUGCCAGCACCCAGGUCACCGAUUGGAUCAAAAUUUCUGAAAUGUUCUUGGGUCCUGUGCCUGAAAACUGGACUUUCAUUCCUAAGCACAAAAGUAAUGCAGUUGAAGGAAACGGGUGA